CAAGUAAUUUUUUUUAACAAGAAAAUGACAAGGCGGCUUUACACGACCCAUACAGGGCGGGGCAUAAGUUAAAGUUUUUUAACCCAUUGUGAAUCGCGGGGUCGAGCGGGAAAAAUUACACAAUUGCAGGGCAGGGCGCGGAUCUACCACUACCCGCCCCAUUGUGACCCGUUGCCAUCCCUAAUCAUCGACAACUCAACAACACUUGCCACAUGGAUGCCAUGUCAUAUUUCAAUUUAAAAAUAAAUAAUCAUAAAUUAUUUUCUCAUCAUCUCUCCUCUCCCACCAUUGUCGGCUUCUUCUGCAAUUGGUCGGGUGUCACCAAGAAGCAAUGGCAACGCUCACUUAUCCCUCUGUUUUGUUGUCACCAGAGACAGAGAUGGCGAACUCGACGACGAUGGCGAGCGGCACUCCUACGCCGAAAAACAAUCACAUGUCGCAGCUCCUCCUGUCGUCAUCUCCCCGCAUCAACCUAGCGGAAAGAAAAGCAAUCAUCCAACAUCCGCUAUCCAAAAGCAGAGAUUUCCCCCAUAACCCUAGCAUUCUCGAUCUGCUACCCAGGCCUCCAAAUCAUUAGAUCUGCUCUUCUAUCUCACGGCUGAAACUCAGGGGAGGUGUUCCCAAAUCAAUAGAUCUCUGUCUCGGCAAUCAUUGAUCAGUGGGUUUAGCAGCCGAAAACCUCCAAUUCAGGAAUCGUUCUCUUCACCACCGACGCUAUCCUCUUUGCUUCAUCUUGUUCUUGACCAAAACCCAGAAUCGACGGUUCUCUUUUAGCUCAAAUCGGCGCUUCUAAUGGGAGAGAUCGUGUGAUGGAACAUGACGGCCAGAUCCAUCCCUUCUUCUCCUUCUUUUCUCCUCCCUUGAAGAUGCAGCCCGAGACAGAUUGAUGGGGCCCGAGACAGCGAUGACGAUGAUACUGCAACGGUAGGAAAAGAUCUGUGUGCAAUGUCAGACGGCCGAAUGGAUGGAGGCCAGUAGUGGGAGACGAUGGCGAGCAGCGUAGCGGGAUAAGAUCGAUUCGGCGGAGUUGAAUGGUUGGAGACCUGGUUCUAGAAGACAAUGCGAAGGUGAUGGUGAUCUAACGAGUUUUGAUUUGAAGGGGAAGGAAGAAGAUGAUGAUUUGGGGAACGAGAAGGGUGAUCUGAUGGGUUUUCUUUGAUCACUGGAGAUUUGGAGACUUGGUCUGGGGAUUGGAAGGCGAAGGAAGAAGAUGAUUUGGGGAACGGGAGAUUUUGUUGGGGAAGGGAAGGGGAAGGAAGAGAGAUGGAGAGAGAGAAAAAAAUAAAAAAUUAAUUAUUAU